AGGGUCGUACAAAGCUAAGCAAGAAGUUCUUCCGAGCGCAGUCAAGCUUAUCGCUAAAACCUCAGUAGAAGCACGAGUUGGGAGUUGAACAACCUGACAAGCUUUUCACUUUCACCUUCACAGCAUACUGUUUAAAUUUCUGGUUUGCCCACUGUGCCAUAUUCUCCCACCAUCACUGAAGCACAACUAUAAUCAAUCGUUUUGGAUACCCAUCAGCACAUCUCCGCCCUUACGCUGCCGCUGAAAUCUUCGAAACUACCUUAUCUUUUCCACUGCACCACACCAGCCACGUCGAAAUUUUCACCAUAGAAGACCAACCACUCACAAUUCCAACAUUCUCAUUAGCAACUCAAAUAGACUUGGAGUUGUAUACGGAAAAUUGGUAUCUGAAACCUUGGAGUUUUUCCAAUCAGAUUUGAGGUCGUGGUUCGAGUUCCACUCAAGGAUUUUGGUCUCAGUAGAGAAAAACAAAAAUUCAAACGCAGGUAGACUGUCAAUUAGAAAGAAGAGGGAGAUGAGCGGGACUUCAGCUCUCCUUCAGCUAUGGCAAAUUCCGUCCUCAUCACUGUUUUUCGGACAUUCCAAGUUUUCUAAAGGUCUGUACUUGGUUCCUGUGCGUGUUAUGUAUCCCAUGUCAUGUUUCUGUAAGCAAAUGCAGACUACUACCUAUGAAAUUCUUAAAGGAAGCUAUGUAUCAAAUCCACCGAACCAACAAGAAAACAAAGAAAAAUUGACACCUAAGGUAGAAAAUGUAGGUGCAUUUCAAAAAUUACCCAUGGUAAUGCCAUCUGUAGAUAUUCUACAUUCAGCACUGAAGAAAGCAAAGAGGGUCUCGCCUACAAAGGGCAUUGCUAAUGCUGCAAAACGUGAGAGAAAUAAAGGCGCAAAACAACUUGACGCAUUAAUGAAGGAGUUGGCUGUGCCCUUGAGGACAUACAAAGAGAACUUCCCAAACAAAAAAUAUUUGCACCCUUAUGAACGAUCUUUGAUUGAGUUAACACUUGGAGAUGGAAACUAUGAAGAUGUAUUGGGAAAGCUAGAAGCUUUAAGGAAAAAAGUGGUAUCAGUUGGAAAGGAAUAUGCAUCAUUAUGUGCUAAGUCAUUAUCUAAACGAGAAGCAGAGGAGCGACUGAAUGAGGGAUUGAAAAGAGUUGAGGAAAUAUUUGAUCGUGAUGGAAAAGCUGUUGAUGAACUAUUGAGCAUUGCCAAGACAUUACGGGCAAUGCCAGUUGUCAAUCUGGAAACACCAACUCUCUGUCUUGUUGGUGCUCCCAAUGUCGGAAAAUCAUCUUUGGUUCGCGUACUUUCGACAGGGAAGCCUGAGAUCUGCAACUAUCCUUUCACAACUAGAGGAAUUCUGAUGGGUCAUAUUAAUUUGAGCUACCAGAAUUUUCAGGUUACUGAUACCCCUGGUAUCUUAAGGAGAUCUGAUGUGGACAGGAAUAACUUGGAAAAGUUAACACUUGCUGUUCUCACUCAUUUGCCAACUGCAGUACUUUAUGUUCAUGAUUUAUCUGGAGAAUGUGGGAUGUCACCUUCUGAUCAGUUUGUGAUCUAUAAGGAAAUGAGAGAGAGAUUCAGCAGCCAUAUUUGGCUUGAUGUCGUGUCCAAAUGUGACUUACUGCAAGUAUCUCCUGUCAUCUUUGCAACAGAUGAUUGUAAUUCUGAUAACUUUGAGCUGGUGAGAUAUAGGAAGAUGGGACCUGAUGGAGCCUUAAAUGUGUCGGUAAAGAAUGAGAUUGGUCUUCAUGAGUUGAAGAAAAGAGUUUACGAGCUGCUUGUUUCUCAAUCAGAAAGGAUCAAAAAUCAACAGAGCAACGAGGAAGAGCCGGAAGUUCCAAGCUAGUUGAUCUUAUGAAUUCCUAACAGAUCUCUCUAACCUGCUGGAAUUUGGCUGCAGGUUUUUGCGCUCGGUAAUUAGCUGGAUCAUGGUCUAUCAUGUAUGUUCACAUGUACAUUAGUGAUCAAUCUGUUGUGACACUGACACACAUUUCCAGGUCCAAGAAUACGAGGCAGUUGGACAAUUAGGUCCUCUUUUGCUUCGCUUCAAGUCUCAUCUAUAAGAUACCCAGAUCAUUUGUCAAAUAGUGCAGAUGGGGGUUGCCAUAUCAGUCAUUCCAUUCUUUAAGCUUUAGUUAUAGCAAUCUUUGACAAGUUUUUAGUCUCUGAUUUAUGGAUAUGAUACUGAGAUGCAUUGGGAGGUUUAAAAGGUCUAAAUUUCCGAAGCACUAAUAUUGAACCAUCUUAUAUUUACAAGUAGAAAUUGAGUAUGCACUUGUCAUUAAUGAAUAAGUGUUCUGUAAAGUUAAGUUGUACAUUAUUACGCUUGAGCUAAAGAAGGAAAGCCUUGUUCUUCUCAGGAAUCUUAUAACCUUUGAGUUGCGUGAUGUAUUAGUGAUUUUACA